UUGUGUGCGUGAGUGCAAUGCGUGGGCGGCAUGCAGCGAACAGCUGCUAGACGUAUACGUGGUUAAUUCGGAAUAUUUUUCAAAAAAUUGCAUCAGCAAGUUGUAUACAAACGGGCCAACCAUCCCCAAUCUCCUUCUCCGCGGUGCCGUCCAGUGAAGUUCUUAACCUUGUCCCCAUAGAAGCUUUCAAGUGCACGUUUCAGUCGAACAAAACAAGAACCCACAAUGCAGCGACUGAUAAGUCGAUCAAUUAAAUCUCGCUCAGCCAGAACUAUCAUCGGCGGUCACGGCUCGUUAGAUGCAGCAGCACCAGCAGUCGUAACGACGGCACCUUCAGUGGCUUUUUGCGCGACCCGAACCCAACAGUCAAAGACGACGGAAAGAAAAACAAAUUCUCCAUUCACUGCUUCCUUGAUUGGGACUCGAGGUUCAGGUCAAAAUGACCAAGAUUUUACGAGAAAGUUUCGCAAUGGAACACUUUUGCUAUCCGGAUUGCUUGGAGGAAUUUUGCUGGCAAAUUCAGACGAAAACGAAAAACAGAAGGAACCCAGAAAAUGGUCAAUUAUUCCGAGAGUAUCUGCGUUUACACACGGGAAAGAUCUUAAAGGUCGCAGGGCGAUGUACAAUUUUAUAGCGGAUGUUGUCGAUGUGUCUGCACCGGCCGUGGUGUACAUCGAGAUCAAGGACACCAGACAUGUCGACUUUUUCACCGGUCAACCGGUAACGGUUUCCAACGGAUCCGGUUUUGUCGUCGAAUCGGAUGGUCUGAUCCUAACGAAUGCCCACGUGGUUAUCAGUAAACCGAACGCCAUGGUUACAGUUAAACUACUGGACGGGCGAACUUUCCCCGGGGUAGUGGAAGAUGUGGACCCGAAUUCGGACCUGGCAACGGUUCGCAUAAAUUGUAAGGACUUAAUAGCGAUGAAACUGGGCAAAUCAGCAGAUCUCCGAGCUGGGGAGUGGGUUGUUGCCCUGGGAAGUCCCCUAUCGUUGAACAACACUGUCACGGCUGGAGUGGUCAGUUCUACUCAUAGAGCCUCUCAAGAACUGGGCCUCCGUGGCAAGGAUAUCAACUAUAUUCAAACGGACGCAGCCAUUACCUUCGGUAACUCCGGUGGCCCCCUGGUAAAUUUGGACGGGGAGGCUAUCGGUAUCAACAGUAUGAAGGUGACGUCGGGAAUCAGCUUUGCUAUCCCAAUCGAUCACGCCAGGGAGUUUUUGCUGAAGGGGGCCGAAAGGAGAAAGGCCAAGGGGUACAGUACCGAGAAAAUCCCCACCCGAAGGUACAUGGGCAUAACGAUGCUGACGCUGACGCCGGAGAUUUUGAGGGAGCUGCGGCAGAGAAGUCACAAUGUGCCGGAGAGCGUCAAGACUGGGAUUAUGGUGUGGAAGGUUAUCCACGGAUCGCCGGCUCACAAAAUACCCUACAAACCCAUCCGUGUUACCUUUUUCCGCCAAAUGUGCGAAAAUAUGAGGUUGCAGUAGAUCUAUCGGUGUCUGCACUCAUAUCCCAGCCCCGCCAGGAAAGUGUACGGGAAUUAGUGUUGAACUUGCUAGACGAAAAAUAUCAAGGCACGUUACUGUUAGCAACCGAUGGCUCGAAGGAUUUAGCAAAUGUUGGCUAUGCUGUCGUUAACAAUUUCAAUGUUCCAUUCGCAACACACAAGCUAUGCCAUGCAGCUUCAAUUUACACUGCCGAGCUUCUAGCAAUUAGAAAGGCAGUUCAAAUUGCUAUGGAACAUCCAAUAGGACAAUUUGUUAUUAUUACGGACAGUAUGAGCUGCUUAACAAGCUUGCAAAGUUUGAAAGCAAAUUCGUCAUAUUCGAUGGCUUGGUAUGAAAUUAAAGACAUGGUGAAAACUACUCAAUUUAGAGGAUCCAAAAUCACUUUUCUUUGGGUUCCAUCACACCGUGGAAUACCUUUAAACGAGCUGGCCGACCAAGAAGCAAAGACUGCGUCCAGACAAGGUAUUGCUGAUAACUAUAUCAUGACCACACAUGAGGUAUCAUUUCCAAGCAAUCUGAGAUGUAAACAGCGAUGGCAGAGAAGCUGGAAUACCGGGUCGAAGGGUCGCUUCUGCCACAGUAUCAUCGGAAAUGUUUCAUUACAGCCAUGGUUUAGCCAGUGCGAUUAUAGCAGAAGGCAGGUUGUAAUACUAUCCAAGCUUAUAAGUAAUCAUUCACGUUUACCAGCACAUUUGUAUCGAAAUCGAAUAAUCCCGAAUAACAGUUGUGAAUGCGGCUCGGCGAAUGCUGAUCCAGAUCAUUUUAUUUUUACCUGUACGAAUUAUGGAGAAAGGAGAUGGACGAUAUGGAAAAUCCUGAUGGAGAAAGGUGUUGCACCGGAUGUACAAACAAUGCUAAAGACACUCAACGUCGACAUUCUCUAGGCAGUGGCAAAUUUUUUUAUAGAUUCUAGAAUAGAUUUAUAAUCUAUUAUAUAAAAUUCUCUUGUAACGGUGUUUGUAGUACUACUCCUCCGAAAUUACCCAAAAGAUACAAGUGAAAUUAUUUUUAGAAUAUUCUGUGGCCAUGCGAAUCGGUUUAUAUUGAAUAAAAAUAACAAAAAGUGGCAUCAAUUGUCCGUUAUAAUUAAAUUUGUAGUUUUUUGAAUCAAAUUAAAGUCAUGACAUCCAUUUUCGGAGAUUUUCUUUACUUCGGGCGCCGGGCGAUUUGUUAUUUGUCUCCAUGGUCGUCCAAGGCGUCGCAAGCAAACACCAAGAGAGGAUGGUAACGAUAGCAUAGCAUACUGAUUAGUUGAAAUAUUUGGGCGCGCAUUUCUAAACCAAGCAUAAUUUCAAUGCAUGUGGUAGCGAUAUGAAGCCUAGAUGUGUUUUUUUUCUUCUUGAUUCCUAGAUCAUUUGUACAGCACAUAGUAAUGAAUGACACCCAGAUUGAUAUUUUGCCGAUCAAAUCAAUACCAUUUAAACAAUUAAAAAAAAACUAUUUUAAUUUCAGCAGAAAUUGUUGCCUGAAAAUAUGAAUUUAGUACUGAUGCAUAUAAAAUUAUGGUAUGACUCUUUGCGGACAUUUGCAAAAAGAAAGUGGGAAGAUUUACAUACAAUUUUAUAAUACAAUACCCCUAGAAACAUUUUUCGAACAUGUACAAAUGUGCUUAACUGAAAAUGUUUCGGGUACCUUUAAAUUUACAGAGCAACAACAAAAUCCAUUGAGGAUGAACAGACACAAGAGCCUGUCCUUUAAAAAAGAUUAUAUAGGAUUGAUGUUUAUUUUAAAGCCUAAUGCAAAGAACUUUUUGAUUUUCUGCAAGCAUAAGUGAAAGUUAUCAAUAAAAAUGAAAGAAUUUUCAGUUAAAAGAUACACUAGAGCAAGUGCAAACGUUCAACAUUUACAAAAAAAUUAUAAAUUACUCAUGUAUACAUGUUCACAUUAUUUCUUCAUCUUUAAAUCUUUGAGCCCAAUUAAACGAUCUGACUAAAGAAACUCAACUUUUUUUUUUUAAUUCAUUCACAGAAAAACUGUUUACAGGUUCACUGUUUGUUUACACAGAAUUCAAGUACGUACUUAACAUGAAAGUGUGUUUAUGUUUAACAUAUUUUGGCUACAUAGAAGAGACUUUUGAUCCGCUUUUUUGUUGAAAAGUUUUUCUGUGAUUGAUAUUCUAGAAGCAUUAUUUUUUUGAUAGCAGAAGCAGAAUUUUUUUUGAUACGUUUUUAUUAUGACCUAAAAAUGUCGAAAAUGAUAUUACCUCCUGUCAUUUCACACGGUGAAACAAGUGGCAACGCGCCUUUUAGUCAUGAAACAUAUAACUUUUAAGAAUUAUUUCUCCAAAAUGAUCAGAAAGGGAAUACCGAAUGUUAAAUCUGAAGCGGAUAUUAAAAAUUAUUAAAUGAAGGUCUUAUGGUUAAACAGUGUGCAGUGAAAUUGAAGUACCAAGCAUUAUUUUAUUCUGGGGAAAAACUGCAGAUAUAUCAAUGAAAGUUGAUAAAAAAGACAAACAGGAAAAAGUAUUCAAUUUAUUUUAAAGUCUUUACACUAACGCAUCUGAAAAAGAGCAAUGUGUUUUCACUUGCAUCAGUAAAUGGGGCAAAUGUACCUUUACUUAGAUAUUUCUUUUUGAAAGAAUAUGAAAGUUGAACUGUGAUGAUAGCCGAAAGACACUUAUAUGUUUUAAAGGUUUCGAGGUAUAUGUACAUGAAAACUUCCAAAAAAAAACGAAUGAACUCAUGGAAUCAUUGUAGCCUUAACAGAUUAGCUCUUUUCGAUCUAUUUAAUUUUCAAAAACCUCAAUGUUUCAGUUAGAAUCUUUAAAAAAACAAUGGUUUAAAUUGGCAGAUAUGUCCAUUAGGAUAA